CACACCCAAAAUUCGUGCCCUAGCCUACUAACCGCCAUGAAUUAGGUUUCCGUAGGAUAGGCCUUCGGUCUCCUGUACCGUAGCCCGCAGUGCAAGAUGAACGCGUUCAACGACGCCAUUCUUUUCGAGAAGCUAUCCAAGCUGAAUGCAUCCCAGCAAAGCAUUGAGACACUCUCCCAUUGGUGCAUUUUCCACCGGAAGCGCGCCGAUCAGGUGGUGCAGACAUGGCAGAAGCACUUCGCGAGCGCGUCGCAGGAUCGCAAGUUACCACUGCUGUACCUCGCGAACGACAUACUGCAGAACAGCCGCAAGAAGGGCCCCGAGUUCAUCCAGGAGUUCUGGCAGGUGCUGCCGUCCGCCGUCCAGGACCUUGUCCGGGCCGGGCCCGACAGCGCUAGGAAGUCCACUCUCCGCAUUGUGGACAUAUGGGAGGAGCGCAAGGUGUUUGGGCAGCGCGACGAGCCGCUGAGGAAGCUGCUGCUGGGGGACCUCGCCUCCGCUCCCCCCGCCGCGUCUGGCGCUCAGGGGGACGAUCAGCCGUCCUCAGGAGCUACCACUUCCUCAAAGAUACGGUUGUCUAAGGUACGAGGGUGCAAGAUACGGUUGUCUAAGGUACGAGGGUGCAAGAUACGGUUGUCUAAGGUACGAGGGUGCAAGAUACGGUUGUCUAAGGUACGAGGGUGCAAGAUACGCGUGUCUAAGGUACGAGGGUGCAAGAUACGGUUGUCUAAGGUACGAGGGUGCAAGAUACGGUUGUCUAAGGUACGAGGGUGCAAGAUACGGUUGUCUAAGGUACGAGGGUGCAAGAUACGGUUGUCUAAGGUACGAGGGUGCAAGAUACGGUUGUCUAAGGUACGAGGGUGCAAGAUACGGUUGUCUAAGGUACGAGGGUGCAAGAUACGCGAGUCCAAGGUACGAGGGUGCAAGAUACGCGAGUCCAAGGUACGAGGGUGCAAGAUACGCGUGUCUAAGGUACGAGGGUGCAAGAUACGCGUGUCUAAGGUACGAGGGUGCAAGAUACGCGAGUCCAAGGUACGAGGGUGGAAGAUACGCGUGUCUAAGGUGCGGGGCCCGCUGGAGCGCAUAUCAUCAGUGUACGGCGCGGUACAGGACGCCAGCAAGGACGAGGACACGGCAGUGCGGCGGUGCAGCGCCAUCAUCAACGAGCUGCAGACGAUCGAGAAGGAACUCAACGCGCUCAAGUCACCUGCCAACGCAGCUGAGGCGGACGAGAGGGCCGUGGUGUUGGAUCGCCUGGACACGAAGCGCCACGUGCUGCAGCAGUGCUGCGACCAGAUGGCCGCGUGUGAGAGGAAGCGAGCUCUGCUGGUGAAGCUGCUGACCGACGCACUUAGGACGCAGGAGAGCAAGCUGGAGCGCCUGAGGUCGCAGGUGGAGAUCGCCCGCACCCAGUCUGACAUCGCCAGCAAUCUGCGCAAGCGAGCCACGGAGGAAGAUUCUGCUCGGGCCUCUGCUGCCCUCACUGCGGCUGCCUCCACUCCUGCUGCUGCUGCUCCCACACUCCCUGCUGCUGCUUCCACUCUUGCAGCCGCCCCUGCCACCACUGCUGCUGCACCAGCAGCGUACUUUCAACCCCCUCUGAGCAACCCUCCAGCUGCACCUGCCGCUGGUGCACCUGCGUUCCUCCUGCCUGGGUUCCAACCUCCCCCAGGCACAUCUCCUGAGAUGGUUGCUGCUGCUGCUGCUGCUGCUGCAGCUGCCGCUGCUGCCGCUGCGGUGAAUAAUUCGCAAGGCUCUACUCCUGCUGCUGCCGCUGCCGCUGUUGCCGCCGCUGCUGCUUCCGCUGCUGCUGCUGGUGCUGGUGGUGCUGGUUUGCCGCCUGCGCUCCCGACUUCAACAGGCUCGGCAACCGGAGCUGGGCUUACCGAAGCUGAGAAAGAGGAUACGCGGAAGCGGGCUGCAGCACUGACGAGCCAACUGGUUGCUUCGGCAUCAUCCGCAGCUAUUUUAAAAUCGGUUCUGUCGUCGUUUGCUGCUAAGUCUGUAGCAGCAGGAGCUGCUACCAGUGCUCCUGCUGUUGCUGCUGGGGGUGGGGGUGGUGGGGGGGAUGCUGUUGGUGGUGGGGGUAUAGUGAUUCCUGGAGCAGCAGUUUCGGGGGCAGAUGCAGCGAAUGACCCUUCUCAGCCACCUGAGAAACGGCUGCGACCCACCGAUACAAGCACACCGCCUCCGUCACACUCCUUUGUAUCACCUCCCCCUACUGCUGGCAGCUUUGCUCCCCCUAACCAUGCCAUGUUCCCCCCUCCCCCUCCCCCACUGAACAUGGACGGUAUGCCCUUCCCCCCCUUACCUCCUCCUCCCCCACUCCCUACCCAGUCCCCUCCUCACCAGCAGAACGUCACUAGCAUUCCUCAGUUUCCCUUCUCUCCUCCCCCUCCUCCCCAGGCAACUUAUCCUCCCCCUGCUGCCCCCCCUCCUUAUAACGUUCUAGGGCAGGGAAAUGCGGGUUACCAAGGGCAAGGGCAGAUGGGGGGCGGGGAUGGGGGUGUUGGGGGGAGCAUGGGGGUGCAAGGGGGGGAUUUUACGGGGCAAAAUGGCGGGGGGAUGUACAAUGCCGGGGGUAUGCCGCCUCAACAGUACAUGUACGGACAGGCACCAAUGCAGUAGGUAAGGAGAAUAUUAAUUGUUGCUAAGUUUAUAUCAUUGUCCUCCCCUUGCGUUUCCUAUGGGUUAGGCAGAUCGGCCUAGCUUUAGAAGAUAGGUAUUAGUGUGACUUCUAAUGGCCGGCAAUGCCGGGGUACUCCAUAUCGCGUAUGGAUCCGAGAUUGCAUUAGUGGGAGUGGGGUGAGCUUUGGUUCAGGUCGAACAGUCAGCUCAUCAGCGUUCUCGAAGUGGUGAUUUCGCUUUUGGCUCCGGUGCAGCUCGGUCCUGCGCUUUUCGUGUAUACGAAGCGUGCGUGUGACAUUCCA